UUGUUGCUUCUGCUUCAUCUGUCUGUCAUUGAUUGAUUUGAUCGCUUUUCGCAUCGUUCGCUUUGACCUGUGGUUUUCGCCGACUCGAAAUUUGAAAAUUACGGUUCAAUUAAUUAACGCUGCUAAAGUAAUUCCCAUUCUCCAAUUCGUGCUAUAAAGGCCAACGAAAAUAUAUACAUUUCCAUUGGCUAACUCGAUUUAGCUUUCUGGUACCUACUUGAAUUUUAUUUACAUCAUAGACAUUUUUGUGGGAGUGUCUUUAAAAAAUAUUAGCGGUGGAUUUCUCCGAGAGCGACAGUUCCUCUGAUUCUUCUGGAUCUUUUUCCUCAACGAUGAACAAUUCUGCCGCAAAAGUCGGGGAAAUCUUCCGCGAGGCAGGGAUAGCUUUCAACAAGCUGUCGGAAAUGACUCUGCUGCUUCACCCUAUGGGUGACUCCCAGCCGGGCGGUAAAUGGACUGAAGAAGAGAUUGAGAUGCUCCGAUCCUGCGUCCAUCGGUUUGCCAUUGACCUCAAUAAGUUGAGUCAACACAUUAAAAAUAGGACCGUAACGCAGAUUCGGACGACGCUGAAGAAAAAAGCGUUCGAGGACGCAGGUAUACCGGUCCGGCAGGUAAGCAGCACGUUGAUGACGCACCCGCCGGCGCCCCCACAGGUAGCCCCCACACUGGGCAUCCUGCCCCAGACAGGGUUAGGAAAAAACGCCGAGGUGACACUCAACAUGCUUAAUGCAUCGGAAAAUGAGGUGGACGUCGAAGGUCUGAGCGGUGACGUCAAGUUGGAAUUCGAAGGUGGGAAUGAGGAGGUGGCCACCUGAAACCUGUUUAACUUUUCCUAUUGCUAAGCAGACGAGUUUUAGGUAGAUAAUUUGGGACCACGGUACGGAUAAAACUAUUUUUGUUGCCAUAUAAAAGUAUUCCUCGCUAUUUAGGUUAUGUAUCUGUCAUUUGUUUGCUGUUAUUUGAUAGGAUAGAACAUAAAUUUUGACCCUUUCGAUAAAAAUAUUUAUGUUUGGCGUAAAAUGGGUCACAGUGUUACAUUGUUAUUAUCGGAACAAUGAAUUAAGUUUUAUUAGUUUAAUGGGCACUAACGAAGUCUCCGCCCUAAUACUUAACCAAAAAUAAAACCACGAAAUCCAAUAAACGCAACGGUUAAUUCUUUCUUAAAGAGCAAUAAUUGGGCAUUGUCUACCCGGUAAGGGGUAAUGACGUGAAAUUGUAUAGUAAUAUAAUAUUAAUUUAAUAAAAUCUUAUGACAAAAAAAAAUUCAAAGGAGAGCAUUUGUAAAAUUUCACGUCUCUGUCUUCCCAGUAAGGGAUACAACAGACGCGAUCAUUGCAAAGACGAUGCAUUUUAAUUUUUUUGUUUGCUUAUUAUAUAAAUAUCAUCUGCCGCAUCGUUUUUGCCAUCAUAUUUUGAACCUUAUAUAUUGGCAUUAAGGUUCAAAGACGAUCUUUUCCAUUUCUACCCUUGCAAUCCGUGUCGUUCCAAAUUAUCUGCCUAAGACUCAACCGGCCUGCUAGUUAUAAUUAUUGUAAUUAAGUCUUAUAAGUCAGCUAUAGAUAUAUUAACUCAUAUAUUGCACCUAUCGAUAUAGGGUUACAUGUAAAACGUCAUAGGACAAGAACGUUGACACCAUAAACAAUAUUUGUUCUCCGAGUUUUGAUACAACAAUACAUACGAUAUUACAUACAGUAUAAAAUGAAGAGCUCUUCGUGAAAUGCGCGUCUCAGUCACACAUCUUACCUGCGAUAGAGAGGAAACGAUUCAUCGCGAGUCUAUUUCUGUCUCAUAUGAUUUUGUAUAAAAGAAAAUGUAACAACAUAUAGCAAAACUCGUCAAAUAAAGUUUUUUUUUUAAAAUGAUGUUCAUUGUCUAGUCCUGCAAUGUUUGUCGGCGUAUUACUAGUAACCCGUAUGAGUACGUUUGUGAAGGUACUCUAUCACUGUAGACAGAGAAAGCUAUAGCUUUCUCUGUCAUUGUCUUACGUUUCACUCGUACAAAUCAUCAGUACUGCAGUCUGUCAAGAAAGUGUAGAAAUUUAUAUUAAAAUUAAAUUGUAAUAAAAUGAGUGGGCGCUGUCUCCUGUUGGCUGGCAACACCCAGUGUUAACCAACCAAUCUUGACCGUUUGUAUUUGAAAUGGCAAAAAAAAUAGUUCGUAUACAGUUUUUUUUUAAUUUUCGUGGCAGAUCUGUAUAUUGCCGUUUUCUGGGUGAGUUUUUAAGCACUUCGAUCGUCGUUAUUCCUCCUUCAAAUUUCAACAAAUACAAGAAUAUUUUUAUUACCCUAAUUUACGAAUAAUCUGUGAUGGGUGUAGUGUAAAAUUGAAAAAUCAAUGUUUGAUUUUUAAGAUUGGCUCUUUAUUUUGAAGGACGGUAAUUACGGCGGUCAUAAUGCUCGAAUAUUCACAGUUCCAUGAAAUCCUUUUCUUCAGUUUUCAAUGUCUAUAUUUCUCACAGCUAUCACAAUUUAUAUAAUAUUUGCCUUUCAACAAAUAUAACAAAGACAACAAAUGUUAUGUGAUAUUUUGUAACUACUUUGUGGGAGUACCUUCUAUGUAGAUUUAACUACUCUUAAAUUUUCUGUUUGCAUAAAUACAGAGUGGAAUUUCACCUAAAACAAUAAGUUUAAUAUAAAAGAGACUUUUAUUGUUAGUCUUUAGACAUUAGUUCAACGGGGAAGCUUAAAUAUCUAAAUUUUAUCCAGAAAACAUAUGCGGUCUUGGUAAUUAUUUCAGUAGGAUUAUAUAUCAAUUGAAAAUUAAAUUUACAGUUUGUCAUAUGAAAAGUAGAAAAUAAAUAAGGGGGCUGUCUCCUUUUGGCUGGCAACACUGCGUGAUUAUCAACGAAUUCAUAAUCUGUCCAAAAAGUUAAGAAAACGGAUUUUUGACGAACUAAAUUUUUUUUUGCCAUUGCAAUACCAAAUAUAAUGGUUAAGAUUGGUUGAUAAACACCCAGUGUUGCCAGCCAACAGGAGUUAGCGCCGUCAUUUUAUUUAAUCACUUUUUGGACAGACUGUAGUCUAUUCGAUGUGGUAUUGCAAUGGCAAAAAAUAUCUGUUUUCUGUCUUUAUAUGACACGACUAUUCCUCUAUUUUGUUAAUUGAUUGGUUCAAUCUACAUAGAUACUUGUGUGCAAUUUGAUUGAGAUAUAUCUAUACUUAUGUACUUAUAUUCAUCUAUGUCAAGAUUGAAUAUAAUUACACGCUGUCUUAUAAAAUUAGUAAGCUAAUUGUUAAGAAAAAUUAGUCACGUUGAUAUAGCCAGCAAACUCGAAAUUAAUGUUAAGAAGUUAAAAAUACUUUUAAUAUUUAUUUUCGGCAUAAAUUGCAUGUCUUGUACAAUAGGUGUCACAAUAGGUGCACUUAAUGCCAUAAGCCAUUUCUUUCUCCCAUCUGAGUGUUUCGGUUUCUUCCUCAGCCAUAUCAACUCCACUUACAUGUUUUUCAGUAUCGCUUGUCCUUGUUUUAUAUGUUCAAAUUUAAAACAAUUUGUGUAUUAAAUAUUUUUAUCUAUUGCGUGUAAAUAUUUAUUCUUAUAUCAAUGUGACUGAUGAAUGUAUAAAUAUAAUUAAUUUAUAUUAAUAUUAGUUUCAUCACUGGAUACUGGAUAUGUGUCACCAAAUACGGAUAUUUUUGAUAUAGUCAUCACUAACACACGACAACGAAAUCGUAAAUGUUACUAAAGGCAAUAAUCAGUGCCCAUAUUAGCUAUAUCCUUCCGGCUAGCACGAAUAUUAGCGAAAAUAUAAUCAUAUAUUCAAUGGCCAAAAUUUAUAUGUAAAUUUAAUAGUUCUUUUUUUAAGCGCUGCUUAUAUUCCAUAAAAAUGACAGUGGAGAUACGAGUAGGUUCUCAGUAAAACUCGUGCUAGCUCACUACAAACACUAUGUGAUAAUAUUCACUCAUUUGAUGAAACAUAGUAAUGAUUUUUAACACAUAAGUUUUAAGGUGUAAGGUUAGAUAGAAAAAUAACAAACUAAAGGUCGUUGUAGAUAGAAACAUAACAAAAUGUAUUGAGUAGGGGCUUAUGAGACCAUUUGCCAGUUAAUUAUAUAAAUUAAGUAACAAUUAGCACAGAAUAUCUUCGGUCUCUCUCAUCCAAUGUUUACAUGAGUGAGACGGCAUAUGUUACUCGAUAGUGUUGCCUAUUUUUAGCUUUUUUAAGUGUAAAAUUAUAAAUAGCCUCAAUUUGUUGUAAUAAUUUCUGAACAUAAUACUGUAUAGGAUUCACUAUAAAUAUUAUUUAGUUAAGUGGUACAUCAGUAAAAUAACAGGUUAUAUACAAUAGAAUAAAAGAUUCGGCUGUGAUUUUACAACCGGCCACCUGCCUCACGUCAACCCUCCUUGAAUUGUAGUCGCCUCGUACGACGUCCACGGGAGGUUAUGGAGUGGUCAUAUUCUAGAGCGAAACCACACCAAAUAAAUAAUAUUCUUUAAAUAGCCCAAUGUAUCAACAUCAAAGGCAAUCUUUGUAUAUAAAUAAUGUUAACCAUUUAUUAUAUAUACUGAAAUAAUUAUACAUAAAACAUAAAAAAAACAAUGUUAUAGGAAAUUCUGUGAAGUAUAUUAAAUAAAUAUAAUAUUACUUUAUCAAUAGUAACUUACAUUAUUAAUCUAAGCGUGAUUUUGACUACACAUUGAAGAAAAACAAAUAGGCACAGCAAUCGUUUUAUAUUGGCUUGGGUAAAAUAUGAAAUUAUCUAUAUCGGUAAAAUAUCAAUAUCAAGGUAUUUCAAUAAUCAAACACGAUACUGUCACUUUAAUUGAUCAGUUUUAUUAAUUAAGAAAUUUACUAUUUUUUCGGCCUCAUUAAUGUAUAUUAGAAAUGCUAAUUUGACUCCAAAAUCCGUGACGUCACAAUAUACAUUACAGUCAUACAUGCUCCAUUUAAAAUUUUAUUUUUGACAUAAGAAAAAAGUAUCUGUUUUAACAAUUCAAAUUCAUAGGCAAUUCUCAAUUGUGUACUUGAAUUUCGGUAUAUAAAAUUGGGUUGUUAAUACAUUUAGGGUUCAAUCGAUCAUUAAAUAAAUUUUGUAGUAUGUAGAUUUUUUUACGAAUAGUGAAUAAUCUUGUUAAUUAUGAAAUUAAAGUGUAGAUUCUAUAAAAUUCAUAACCACAUUCGUCGAUCUAAAAAUAUUUUAAAUAAGAACAUACGUUAUUUAUUUUCUCUGGGCAAAUAUUUUCACUGCUUUUUAUCCGUUUCUUGUGGUAAUUCUACAUUUUUGUCAAUUAGCUUUCAUUCACCAAUUAAAAUCUAAUACGUGCUAAUUUUUGCUUAACUUUGUUAUUGUAAAUAAAAAAUGUUAGUGGGAUUUUUUAUUAAAAUUCCGAUAAAGAUUUUCCAUUUUGUUUGUUUCUUGUAAAUCUGUUAAGUGGUAUUUUGAUUACUAAUUAGUAAAUUGUGUAUUAUAUACCUAGUUCCCAUUAUAAAAGUAUUUAUAUCUUCGUAGUGUAACAAUUUAAAUACGGUAGUUUUUUUUAGUAUGUAUUAGAAAUAUAUGUUAGCUGGCGAAUUUUGAUUAUUAUUAUGUCAAUUUUCUCUAUGUGUAAUCUAUAUUACAUUUACUCAGUUUGUGUGGGUAUUUAAACAAAAGUGAGCACUUUAUGCUGUUUUUUUUAUUGAAAUAUACUCCUUAGAAAUAAUGUCUUUGCAUAUUACAAUAAUAGUCUUCUUGAAAUUUCUCAUACGUAUAGUUAAUCAUAAGGUUCUCCGUAGUUUUUGCCGGAAUAAAAAGCAGUAUAUGUCUGGGCAUAUACUACUUUUUAUUCCGGCAAAAAGUACAUUUCCCGUGGGGAGUUCACGCGGACGAAGCCGCAGGCAAAAGCUAGUUAAGAAUAGUAGUGUUGUGCAAAGAUAUUGAUUUAAUUGAGGUAAAUAUUUCAAGGAAAAUACACAAAAUUUGUGUACAUUUAUUUAAAUUACUUAAACAGAUUGGGUAUAGUUAAAAUUAAUUUAGGGGCAAAUGUUGAAAUGUCUACUGCUGCGAGACGUGCAGUUUUAGCGCAUAAGCUGCCUGUCUCAGUCACACACAACGUCUCCUCUAGACAUCACGUACCAAAUUUUAUUCAAGGUGAAGGCGUGUUUCAUAUGUUUAAUGCCCGCUACACACUAUAGCCAUCUGAUAGAUGCUGCCGCGAAUGAACGAACAUUACGUAGUUUUUGCCGCAAGGCAUCAAAACCGGCAGUGUGUGGCAUUAGUGUAUAGCCUGCAUAAGUGUCAAGCCGUCGACAGACAACAACAGAAGUUGACGGAGCCGUGACGUGCUGCGUCGCAACUGAGCAAUGGGGCAUGGCUCUAACAGAUCGCGUUAGGCUUGCAGUGUGGUUGAGGCCUUAGUUUUAAUGCGCACACCAUCGCAGAUGUGAAGAAUAGACAUUAAGACAUAAGCCGCUUUUUCAUAAUAUUUAUAAGGAAGAGCUAUCCAAAGCCACUAUCAACUCGUAAUAUAUAAUUAUUAAUAAUAUUAGUAUUAUGUAAUUAGAAUAUUUUAAAGUUUCGUUAUUGCCUUUUCUAUUAUGUAAAAAUAUCUAAUUCUUUAUGGUUUUGAAACGUGCUAUAAAAGAUGUCCAGGCAAUAUAUGGAGCUAUUAAUAUCUAAGUUUGUAGUCUGGGGUCCAAUCGCAGAUUUCUAAAUAGAUGCAUGGGCAUUGUCGCCUGUGAUUCCUUUGUUUUCUUUAGUAUGUUUUCAUAAUCCUGUACUUGUAUACUAGACGUUACUGUAGAUAUAUUUAAAUUAAUAAAAACAUUUUGAAUUCAA